GCGCUUGGCAGCGUGCAACGAGACAUCUCGUGCGUGCGCGGCACUGGAGUCGGCCGAGGCGGCUCCAGACACGGAUCGCACGGUGCAUAGCCUACGGGCUAAGCACCCUAGCGCGGAGCGCCCUCUACCGGAGUGGCUCUCCACCUUCCACGAGGACGGCCUCGUGCUCUCUGCCACCCACUUGCGCCAGGCCAUUUUCACUGCACCGCGGGGCUCGUCGGGGGGACCGACCGGAUGGGUGGCAGAACACCUCCGUGACACCUACUUGGCAUUCCCACAGACCCUACCCUCCUUGCUCGUGGGACGCGCGCUUGGGAGCGACCUUCCAGCAGCUCCUGGUGCGAGGUACGUGGAGGGAGGGGGACGCGAUCUGCGGGGCAGCCCUGGAGCAGGCUUUCCUCCCGAUUCGCAUCGGGGGCUUCGGCAUCCGACGCAUGGAGCGCAUCGCCCCGGUGAGUUAUCUCUGUUCGUGGGCGCAGUGCGCACCGAUUCUCUGCUCGUUGCCGUCGGUGGGGGAGGGCUUCCGUCAGAGCUUCGCAUCAGGUGAGCCCGCCCAGAUCGAUCCGCACAUCAUGAUGGCUCAGGAGGCCCUGCCGGCGGACGUCCUACGCCUCAUGCCGGCCUGGCCUUCUUGCGCGACAGGAGCACCGGACGGCCUUUUCAGAGAGGCCAGCAGACACAUCGAGGCGCACGCUUUGGAGUCGUUAGUCCUGGCAGGUCAGUGCUCGUGCGGAGAGGAGAUCGCCGACAUGUCGGUGCCGCAUCACGCGGUGAGGUGCGCGCGCUUCGCGGUCGCCACGACCAUCCACGACACAGUGAAGUUCAUGCUUCGUGACUUCGCAGACGAGGCCGGCUUCGCUGUCCAGGUGGAGGACACGGCGCUCAUUCCGCACCUGGAGGCGGCGCGAGCUCGACUGCAGGCAGGGGGCGGAGGAGGAGCAGGAGGGGCAGCAGCGGCGGUUCGGCAGGGAGGAUCAGCAGCAGCAGCAGCAGCACCAGCAGCAGCAGCAGCAGCAGCAGCAGCAGCAGCAGCAGCAGCAGCAGCAGCAGCAGCAGCAGCAGCAGCAGCAGCAGCAGCAGCAGCAGCAGCAGCAGCAGCAGCAGUAGCAGCAGCAGCCGCAGCAGCAGCAGCAGCAGCAGCAGCAGGGCACGGGGGAGAGCCGGCGGGAGGAGGAGCAGCAGCAGCAGCGGCAGGGUGGCGGAGAGGGGCAGCAGCGGCGCGCGGGGGGAGAGGGGCAGUGGAGACUUUUGGGUGCCUGAGUGAGCCACUGCGGCAGUUCCUAGGGCUGUGUGCAUCGCGGACAGCACGGCGGAGGAGAGAUUCAGGGGCAGGGGAUGACGGGUCGGCACGGAUAUUUGAGACGAGCCUCACUACGCGUCUCUCCGUGGCACUGCAGCGCGCGCAGGCAAAUGUGAUCAUGCAGCAUGCAGUGCGGCAGCUGGGCGGCUCCGACAAUGGAUGGAUGCCAGCGCCUGUACCUUUGGGCGCUGGGCAGGGGAGUUGGCACCACAUCACAGGGUGCUUCGAGAGUGCAGCAGAUAUGCAGUACAUGUAUGAUGCAUAUGUGUAGAAAAACAUAUAUAGGCCGUGCUUGAGACGCUGUGCCCGCGCUGUGCGCGUGGGCUGUUGUUUUGUUAGGUCCCAGGAUGUCCCUUUGAUAUAGUCA